AUGUCCGAGAAACCUAGUUCAUCAGUAAAAUGUGUACUAAUCGGAGAAAGUGGCGUCGGUAAAACUAGUCUUGUUGUCAGUUAUACUAAGGAUGAUUAUCCUGUUCGCCACGAACCGACAGCAUUUGAUACCUAUGUUGUGGAUCUUCGUGUUGAAAAUCAACAAGUAAACUUACAAAUCUGUGAUUCUGGGGGCUCUCCUGGCGUCCGUUCCCUCCGUGAGUUAGCCUAUCCUGACGUUCACGUAGUGAUCUUCUGCUUUUCCGUUGUCCAACCCGAAACUCUCUGGGCGUUGCGUGAUCGUUGGCUCCCCGAGCUAGCCUCCUCCGGUCUCAACCUCAAUCCCACAGCGCUAGAGACAGCUGUUCGAAUCGGUUGUCUACCCCAUCAACCCCCCAACACACUCCGAAAGCCCGGCCCUGCUUUCAUUCUUGUCGGGUGCGCUUGUGAUCUACGAAACGAUAUCAAAAGUCUUCUUGAUCUUUCGGCAAGGAAUGAACUUCCAGUGAAUGAUGCGGUAGCUCAGAAGUUGGCUGUUGAAUUUGGUGCUGAGGCAUACAUCGAGUGCUCGGCGCUUACUCAGAAACAGCUGAAAAAGGUAUUUGAUCUCGCAGUAUGGUACGGUCUUCAAGCCAAACAGGCAAUGCAGAACUCCACGAAUGUAAAUGCUCUAUCACCUGGGCUCAAUGGACGAAACUCUUCCUUUACCAGUUCUUCACGAAAGUCUAAGCGCCGGCGAGAAAAUAGCAGUCUACAAGCAACUGAUCGACAACAAGGCGUCAUAACGAAUAACGGUGGUUUGUCUGGUUCACAACGAUCCAUAUGGAAGAAGUUGCUAUGUCUUCGGUGA